CUGCUGGUCCUGUACAUGCUCCUGGCCGUGUCCGUGGUCUGUGACAGCUACUUCCUCCCCUCCCUGGAAGCCAUCAGCAACUACCUCGGACUGAGCCCGGACGUGGCCGGGGCGACGUUCAUGGCCGCUGGCAGUUCGGCCCCGGAGCUGGUCACCGCCUUCCUCGGCGUGUUUGUCACCAAAGGCGACAUCGGCGUCAGCACCAUCCUGGGCUCGGCCAUCUACAACCUGUUAGGCAUCUGCGCGGCCUGUGGGCUCCUGUGCGGUGUGGCUUCGCGAUUGGCAUGGUGGUCGCUGGGCAGAGACUGCGUGGCCUAUGCCAUCAGCGUCGCAGCUGUCAUCGGCAUCAUCUUCGACAAUGAGGUUUUCUGGUACGAGGGAGUCUUGCUGCUGGCAAUGUACGGAUUAUACAUUUCAGCACUGUGCUUUGACAUUAAGAUUAAUCAAUGCAUUAUGAAGCGAUUUCACCUCUGCUGCAUCAGGGCCGGGGAGGAGAGGCCCGAGCAGCAGCCGCUGGUAGAUGGGGAGGAUAGUGAGGGACCUCUCGUUCGCCGACAGUCCAGAGCCGACAGUGGAGUCUUUCAGGAGGACUCUUACUCUCAGUUUUCUGUCAGUUUGCCCCACCUUCAUGAAGUUUCAGAAGAUCCCCCAAGUGUCUUCUCUGUGCCAGAGACUGACUGGAAGCGGGCCCUGUGGGUUCUGUCACUCCCCAUCAUCACCCUCCUGUUCCUGACCACCCCAGACUGCAGAAGGAAGUUUUGGAAAAAGUGUUUCAUGCUGACGUUUGUCAUGUCUGCGGCCUGGAUCUCGGCGUUCACGUAUAUCCUGGUCUGGAUGGUCACCGUAACUGGGGAGACCCUGGGAGUGCCGGACACAGUGAUGGGACUGACGCUGCUCGCGGCAGGGACCAGCAUUCCUGACACCGUGGCCAGCGUUCUGGUGGCCCGGCAAGGGAAAGGAAACAUGGCUCUGGCGAACAUCGUGGGCUCCAACGUGUUUGACGUGCUGUGUCUGGGGCUGCCGUGGUUCAUCCAGACCGCGUUCGUCCUUCCGGGGGCACCCGUCCAGGUGAACAGCAGUGGGCUGACCUACACGGCCUUGGCCCUGCUGCUGUCCGUGGCCCUCCUGCUCCUGGCCGUCCACUUGAAUGGCUGGAGGCUGGACCGGAAGCUGGGCGGGGUUUGCCUGGGGUUGUACGUGGCAUUCGCUACAUUAGCCGUCCUGCACGAGCUGGGGGUCAUUGGAGACAGCGGGGCCCGGGGCUGCGGACCCUGAGAGCCCUGUUGGGCC